CCACACCAUGAAAGAUCUAUCCUUCUUUCUUUUUAAGAAUUCGGCUGGCGCCAAGAUGAAGAAAGGGAUUCGUAAUUUUUGCAACGGUGAUGGCUCCACCUCCACUCUCAACCAGAACCACGUGGGAGUCAAAGUUUUUGCUCCGUCGGAUUUUGUCACUCCGCAGUCGGUGGUUGCGUCGAAUACGACCUCACAAAGCCCUCCGACUACGUUGGAGGAGAUGAUCUUAAGGUUGGAGUUGGAAGAAGAGCUUGCUAGAAAAUCGAAGAUGAACGAAUAUUAUUACAACGAUAUUCGAGGUGGUCGGAUGUCGUGUGUUAACAACUCCGACGUCUUACGAUCUGCAAGGAAUGCGUUGAAUCAGUACCCUCGUUUCUCCCUCGACGGGAAAGAUUCCAUGUAUCGGUCGUCGUUUAAAAACCCUGAAUUUAUCAACGGAAGGAACUCGGUUUGCUGCGAUUAUGGACUGAGAGAAAGGUAUUACAAAGCUUCAUGUUUGCCGUCAACUUUGGGUGGCGAACCCGUGAUUUGGUGCGAACCAGGGGUGGUGGCAAAGCUUAUGGGGUUAGAGGCGGUGCCGGUGGCAAUUCGUCGGAGAAAAGAUCGGGGUAAUAAAAAACUGGUUCUUUGAUCAAGAGACAGAAUCUUCGAAACAUAACCGAGAGACACGAAAUGGAGCGACGAGUCUACAUGGACGAGGAUUUCAAAAGAGG